AUGUCGUCACGUGCGAAUCAACGGAGGGGCCCCAAUCGCAACAGUGAGAUAAGUCAACAUGGCGAGGAGCUUGCCGCUUGGAAAGAAAUCAAAGACCAGCUACCUGGUCUCGUCGAUAUGUUCAAUCAGAGCUCUGCCAAUACGGAUGCUAUGUAUGAGCAGGAUAAGUUGUGCGCUGAGAAAAAGAAGAACAAUACUCUGACUCAGGAGGACCUCGAUAAGCUCGAUCAACUUACUCGCCAAGGGGUCAAGUUAAAUGAAGCUGCGGCACAGGCUUUUAAAGAGAAGAUGGAGAAAAUCCGGGUACUGCGUGCUAUUGCAAAACACAACGAGGAAACACAGGAGGCGUCAAGCUCGCGCCUCGGGGGGCAGCGAAAGGACCCGUGGGACUUUAAUCCCGAUGACUCACCUAUGCCUUCGCCUAACCCGAGCGUAUCACGACGCGUGGGCGGUGGCGGCGGAGGCAGCAAUAAGGGGGAUCGCGGUGAUUCCGUACCACCUAAGUUCGGAGAUCGUUCAACGCCAGCUGCAAAAGCCGGAAGUGCCGAGCCACAACCUGGCCCUACUGCCAAUUCAAUCCGUACCAAGCAAAUAUUUGCCAAGGAUGACGAGGUGGCAUUCAAGCCUAAGCCAACAGGCAACGAACAGACAGAUUGGAUUCUCGGGAUAGUUCAGGAAGUGCGCGGCGAGGGCAAGUCCCGAAGGUACAGGGUCUUGGAUGCCGAUUUCGAUGAGAACCAGAAUCACCAUCAAAAAGACUUUAGAACGAGUGCUAGCAGUAUGAUUCUCAUCCCCAAGGAAGGCACCGUGCUGCCACCACUUGAUGAAGGCAAGGUAGUUCUAGCACUCUAUCCUAACACCACGACAUUCUACAAGGCCGAGGUGAUGGGAAUGGACGGAAGCGAAAAGGUCAACCUAAAGUUCGAGGGCGAAGAGAGCAGCAAUACGAUGCAAGCUGUCACCCGUCGGCAUGUGGUUGAAUAUCGAGCUUGA